AUGUUAUGUGCUUCAAGUCAGAGGAAUUCACAGAAUUUUGUGCUUGAGUUAUGGAAUUACUAUGUCAUAUUCCUCGCCAUAUCCCCACAGGGCAAUGGCCAAGAAGAAUCAAGUAAUAAAAGUCUCCUGAACAUCAUUAAGAAGAUUCUUGAACAAAACAAGAGAUCUUGGGAUAAAAAGCUCAAGCUAGCUUUAUGGGCAAAUAGAAUUACUGUGAAGAAGGCCAUUGGUACAUCUCCAUUUGAACUGGUGUAUGGAAUACAGACCAGAGUACCUGUAAACAAUCUUCUCCCUGUAUACAAGUUCUUGCAAGAUGAAGAGUUGGAAUUGUCAGAACCCAUGGAGGAUAGAAUGAUCCAAUUGGUAGAAUUAGAAGAAAUGAGAACUUUGGCUCAUAAAAGAAAUCUGAAAAUCCAAUUGCAGUCAAAAUAUCUCUUUGAUAAAAGAGCUACAACCAAAAAGUUCCAAAUUGGUGAUAUGGUUCUUUAG